UAUUUGUUUAAUCUGAACAGAUGGUUGUUUGGUCACACGUCGCCACAGCUCACAGAUGGAUUUCCCAUAUUUCCACUAUUUGUAUUUGAUAACAAUAGUUUUAGACAUUUCUGGAGGAGCAAGUGUGUUUGUAAAGUGCAGUUCGCACGUGCGUGUUUUUAAUUAGCGCGUGUGUACGUGCGUGCGCGCGCGCUCGUGUGAGUGCUGCGCUGAACGCUCCCCAGCAGUGCGCGCGUCCUCCGCUCGCGUCCAGGUGUCACAUUCUUCGGAUGCUUCUGAUCAUUUGAACCCGGGACCGAAUCAUGAUGACGGACCCCUCCUCUGCUGCUGGUCCUGUAGAGCCCGGUCCAGGUCCUGCUUCUGUUCCGGAUCCAGCAUCGACUCCUGCAAACGGACACCAAGCAGAUACUUUCAACAUGGAGCAGCAGAUGAAAAUAGGAGAGCCGGAGGACAACGGUCUUCUGGAGAGCAGUAUGCGUCUGAAACCCCACGAGGCUCAGAGUUACAGAAAAAAGGCAUUAUGGGUAUCGUGGGUCUCCAUUGUGGUGACAAUGAUCUUAGCCAUCGCUGCGUUCACUGUUUCUAUAAUGCGGCAUAGUGCAUCAGCGUUUGGGUUUGCUUUUGAUGCCAUUCUGGAUGUCCUGUCCUCCAUAAUCGUGAUUUGGCGAUACAGUAAUGCGGCGGCUGUCCAUUCAGCUCACAGAGAAUACAUAGCGUGUGCUAUCCUCGGAGUCGUGUUUAUCUUGUCGGCCAUCACUAUCCUGGUGAAAGCCAUCCAUGAUCUCGCCACAAAACUGCAACCAGAAGUGGAUGACUUCCUGUACAGCGUCUCAGUUAUCAGCGGGGUGGUGUGCGCCCUUCUGUCCGUCUGUAAGUUCAUGCUGGGGAAAGUCCUCACCAGCAGGGUUCUCAUCACCGACGGUUUUAACUCUCUAGUUGGCGCCGUCAUGGGAUUCUCCAUCCUGAUCAGCGCCGAGGUGUUCAAACAUGAACCUAGCGUCUGGUACCUGGACGGGACUAUCGGGGUUCUGAUCGGACUGAUCAUUCUCGCCUACGGAGUCAAGUUGUUGAAGGACAUGGUGCCCCGUGUCAGGCAGACGAGACAUUACGAGCGCUUCGAGUAGCGAUUCUGAUUCUGGACGACCCAACACACACAUACACACUCCUGUGGAGAUUCUCCUGAGAGGAAAACACACACACACACACACUUUACCUGCCUCAGGGCAAACACAGCCACUAAUUCCCCCUGUAAAUAUGGAUCUGAAAGGGAAUAACUCAAAAUUAAAUGCAUAAAAUUUGUGUUAUAUCGUUUGAGAUGGCAAAUAGCCAUUGGGCUGAAACAAGACAGAUCUCAGAAUGUAUAUCAUCUGAUAUAGAAAACCCAGCUUCAUUGCAUUGAGUUAUGUGUGUGUGUGUGUGUGUGUG